UGGCAGAAAAAUACCACAGAUUGCACCCAGCUAACUACCUAAUUCAAAACAAUAUUCUCCAAGAAUCAUCUUGACCAUUGUUCUUGCCAAAAUCUAGAUCAUUUUCUAAAACUGCAACCAUUGAUUCCAUUUCCUCCCGUAUCAUAACCAAUUAUCAGAAGCCAUGGCAAAGUUCUCCAAGAAAAGACAGCGCACCUCGGACGAGGAUGCCGCCGAUGACCACGACGCGGCGCCAAUUGUGAAGAAGAACAAGCUCGACAGCGCUGGCAAUGCCAAAGCUACCAAGAAGGGAUUCAAAACGAAGGAGCCUGGUUCUGAACCAGCCCUGGCAGACGGCGCUUCCGAACCCAAACCGGAGAAGAAGGAGAAGAAGAAGGACAAGAAGGACAAAACAGGCAAGAAGGAAAAGAAGGACAGAGUGAAGAAGAAGAAGGGUGAGAAGGAGCAAAAUAAACACACAGAGGCGGAAAUUGAGCCAGGCACCACCAACCUUGCAAUCCGUACCGCUCCAGAGGCCGCCGCUGCUGCUAGCGAGGACACGUCUGAAAGACCCCAAGCCCAGGACUCCGAAACCCACGAGCGCUCGGACAGCAAGAGCAGAGAUGACGACAAGAGCAAGGAGAAGAAAAAGAAGAAGAAGAAGGAGAAGAAGGAAAAAACCAAGCAAACCGCCACCCAGCAAUCAACACCCCAAGACGAUGAGGAUACUAUCACCGGCGGCGAGGGUAAACAAACCCGGUUCAUCUGCUUCGUGGGCAACUUGCCAUUCACGGCCAGCCGGGCGGCGGUGGAGCGCCACUUUUCCUCGCUAUCCCCGAUUUCUGUGCGCUUACUGACGCAGCGCGACGACCCUUCCAAGUCGCGGGGCAUCGCCUUCGUCGAGUUUGGGCGCUACGACCACAUGAAGACGUGCCUGGCCAAAUUCCACCACACUGAGUUCGACGACGGCAUCUCCCCCCCGCGCAGGAUCAAUGUCGAGUUGACCGCUGGUGGGGGAGGCAAGACGGCGGCACGCCGCGACAAGAUCAAAGAGAAGAACGCCAAGCUCAACGAGGAGCGGGCGCAGAGGAUCAAGAAGGAGAAGGAGAAGGAGAAGGGCGAGGCGGCAGGCAAUGACACACAUGGCGGCAAGACGCAGGAGCAGCGCGACGAGGAGGCCAUCCACCCGAGUCGUCGGUCCAGGGUUCCAUAUGGGCAGCAGAAAUGAGGGGCGAGCAAGGGGAGCAAGUCGGUUAAACGAGGCGGAUCGAGAUGUGUCUGGUGGGGACCUCGCGGAGGAUACGGUCAACCCACUUUAUCCAGCAGUUGAUAUCUCAUGAGAUACCCCUGUGUUUUCCUCUCAGUCUGUUUUUCACACAUGCUCCGUGCCACCAGAAGUAGGGAGGAAGGCAGGCAGACAUCAGUCGGUGCAGCAAAAAGACUGAAACAGCUUUCGCAUUUAAACCGUAUAAUCAUCAUGUCCACCACCACCGAGACAACUGCCGUCCCUGUAACCCGGGAGAUUCGCUUCAGUUAGGUACAGUGGAGAAA